GGGACUCCAGAUGCUAGGCGAGGAGUGGCUGGAUAGGAAAGGCUGCUGAAGCAAUACCUGGUGAGCUUCCUGGUCCAACCCAGUGUGGCAAUCUGACUCAUUUACAUUUACAUAGUACUUCACUUCCUUGGCCCUCCUCCAACAAGAAGGGCCUCCAGAAAAGAAGCAACCAGGCAGAUCCACACACAGCUGCCUUUCAGCUCCUUGCAGGAUGUGGAGAGAGCUGCGCUCAGUAGCCUUUCACCGGGCUGUCUUCACAGAGUUCCUGGUCACCGCGCUCUUCGUCUUCUUUGGCCUUGCCUCGGUGCUGAGCUGGCCGGAGCCCCCCUCCAUCCUACAGAGUGCCAUCACCUUCAAUUUGGCCGCCGCCACCGUCGUGCAGAUUGCCUGGCAAGCGAGCGGAGCCCACGCGAACCCGGCAGUGACGGUGGCCUUCCUCCUCGGCUCUCGUAUCUCCUUGAUGAAAGCCGCCGGCUACGUGGUUGCCCAGCUGGCCGGAGGUAUUGUUGGGGCAGCCAUCCUUUAUGCUGUGACCCCUGCUGCUGUCCGUGGAAAUCUAGGCAUCAACAUGAUUCAGAACAACGUUUCGGUCGGACAAGCAACAGCUGUUGAACUCAUUUUAACCCUCCAGUUGGUGCUCUGCUAUUUUGCCUCCACCGACAGCCACCGAAGCAGUGGCUCUCCAGCUAUUAUUAUCGGGGUCUCAGUUGCCCUGGGCCAGUUAAUUGGGCGCUACUUCACCAGCUGCUCCAUGAAUCCAGCCCGGUCUUUUGGGCCUGCAGUCGUAGUCGGACAAUUUCCUCACCACUGGAUAUUUUGGGUUGGUCCCUUGGCUGGGGCCACCCUGGCCUCUUUCCUUUAUAACUUCGCUCUUUACCAUGACCCCAAGACCUUGGCACAACGACUGGCGAUUCUCAAGGGCAGCUACGAUGGGGAAGAGCUGGAGAAGGAUGGGGGCCAGCAGACAGAAUCCGUAUCAUUACCCAGCCUUGUACAUAGGUUAUAGUCUCCUCCUGUUCAGGGAAAAGCACGGUCACGACUCCUUCCGUUCUUUGAGCACGGGCUCAGCUAGAGACUCAACCUGUGAGUUGCUUAUUCUACCACUGGCCAUUAGAGGGCUCCAGCCACCUUUUCUUCGAAGACAGCCGUCUCUACAAGGAUCGCCUGCCGGCCUCUGUCCAAAAGGGUGUUUUAGCCAAAGGAAUGACAAGCCAUAGGAGUGAUACCUGGAAGUCAAACAGUGCUCAAAAGAUGCUGCCUCUGGAUGUAGAUGUGUUAUGUACUGUACGGGGGAGAGGAAACCAGGGCCAAGUUGAAUGUGGAUACUGCCGCUAUACAGUAAGUGAUGAUGCUACAGAUUGGUUUUCUUCCGAAUUAAGGCUGCCUUCUGCCACACAAACCCAGCGCAAGACUAAGUGGGAAAUUCUGAUAAAGAGGAACUGGGAUGCUAAUGAGGAUCCUUAGCUGAUGAGGCCAUCAUUUUCAACAGCGCAAUGUCACAUACAAUAUAAAUCACCUGCUGUGCAGGAUACAAGACCGUAUAUUUUGCCAAACACACUAGCCCCCUUCCCUUUCUUGCUAUGAAACCAGGAUUAGGGUCACCUGGAUGUGACUGUGCAUUGUGAUUUUUUUUUUUAAAUUGCUACCCGGCUGGCUUUUCUCACCUGUGUUCUUUACACUCCAUUUCCAAAACGCUUCCAGGAGGAGCUUCUUUCCAGUGGAACUGCAGUCACCUUACCAUGCCAUGUAGAGAAUUAAAUGACUAGUUGGUGGGUCUGGGAUGCAGACCCUUUGGCCUACGACUCCCCAUAGUCCUCGGCCAUGGGUCACACUGGGUGGGGCUGACAGGAAGUUUAAGUGGGGAAUGGGACUUUUGGAUUAACCGAAAUGGGGGAAAAUAGCAAAGAGGCACUUUCUUUUUCUUCUGAGUCUUUUGUGGCUUUACAAUAGAGAGCCUCUGAAACAAGGAUUCUGCCAAAGAGGACUCUCGUCUUUCGUUCAGAUUUAGGCCAUAGGUCUGCUGAAGGGUGACAAUGAGCUCUGAUGAAUCUGAUGCUGAUUCUCUUUCUCGUGAUGCUGACUAGGGUGUGAUGUGAUGUAAAGCAGCCGCUACAUGGAUCUGAGGCUGAUGUUUGUUUCUCAGACACUGUUAUUGUGCCACCUGCUUUAGGAGUAGAUGAUCGUCUAUUGUCUUGACCCUGAUAUUUUGGAACUUUGUUUUCUGUUUUUUUUUUUACGAGGUUCCUGUAGGGCUUAAUUAGGCCCAGAGCCAGAAAUCCAGGGAAACCCAAAAGAAAAGCACAUGAAAGGUCUGGGCCCUUUUGGGUUUCCUGAAAAACCUGGUACUUGAAAAGAAUCAACCAAUGAAAGAGUAGCCCCUCUCCCUCAAAAGAGCCUGAAACAAAGGGCAUAAUGAAAGUUUCCCCCUGGAAAUUUCUAGUUUUAGGUGAAAACUGCAGGAGGGUCUCUACACUUGCUGGGAAGUGUUGUCUCAAAAACUGAGUUUUUCAGGUUCUACUGUACAUGGAAGCGAUGCCAGAAAGUGAGGCUAACCUUUCUCCAUCUGUUCUCCCAACACACAUGGAGAAACAAAGUGACCAAGAAAUUGAGAAACGCCUAUAUCUACAGUCUCUUUGGACAAAGACGAGCAUUUACCCACCAACAGAGCUUCCUUGCAUUUGCUCUUUCAGCCACCUUUCCAAGGUCAUCAAGUCCAAGAGCAUGGCUUGGUAGGAAAAAGGAACGGCAACACUUAGGCCACUGGAUGGCUCUGGAGAAGACUAGCUAGACUCCUAACCAACCAAGGUGUCCCCCUUGAGGACAUUUUAAUUCUCCUUCUCCCGUAUUCUUUGCUGCCCUGUGUUACCUUGGUUCAGCAUAUACUACAAAAUGCACAAUUAGAGGUGAAAUAAACCCCUCUCAUCUGUAGCAAUUGUCAUGGGUAGGGUUCUGAAAUCACUGAGAUAUUUUGGUAACUGCCAUUUGAAAGAUCAAUGUGUAAUGUGUGAUCAAGUCUGUGCCUUAAAUAAUUCAGUGGCCACAGUUAAUGCACACGAGUCCAGAUGAGCCAAUA